AUGGCCUUUCAGACCAACGUGUUCCGAGACGGAGAGUGGGUGACUGAAACGGUCAACCUGCACUCAGUCCUGAAGUCGCAGAAAGAAGGUCCCAGGGCUUCCGCAAGGAAGGAUCCUCAGAAGCCCCCGCGAUGCGGCUUGCUCACGAGAACCCUCGUUGAGAGCGCUCUCGCCAACUUCAUUCUGCCCGUUAGGCUGCGGUCUCCGGAUCACAACGACAUCGCUUUCGUAGGGCCCUCUGUGCUAACAUUGGCUCAGGACCACUUUGUUCAGAUUUGCGAACUCCAAAAAGAAGGUCGGCUUAAAAAAAUCAUCCGAAAGAAUGAUUUUGGAUACCGCAUUCGGAAUGCCUGCGUCGUAGGCUCCUUCGCCCUCCCGGAGCUCAACGACGAGGCCGUUGCAGGCCCUUCCGCCUACCCUACGAUAAAGCCAGAGGACGACCACGUGGACCCGUUUCGCUUCGAGUCGCCUAGACAGCCAGGCAUGAGCAUCGAGCUGCCCCCUCAGCUGCUGGUGUUAGUCUUGGAGACCGGGGACAGUGUCUUCCUCUUCGUCCAGCCAGGGCACAAUAGCCGACCCAAGUUCGUUGUCUCACGCUUUGGAAACCCCAAACACAUGACAGGACAUCUUGGCUUCCACCUGGCUGUGAAUCCAAGCUCCCGCUACUUGGCCAUGGGGGGCCCUACAGACCACUUCGUCGUCCAUGAGCUCGAGCCUCAUCACCUCCUAAACGAGAGAUACCUCCGUAAUGAGCCCCUACGACCCAUAAAAUCCUUCCGUCUUCGCACCGUACGGGGGGUGAUACACAAGAUGACCUUCUUGCACCCGCGGCCGGGAGAUGACCAACACAUUAUCCUCCUGCUUGUCAUCGUCCGACAUGGCAAAUCGAGAACCGUCAUCUAUGAGUGGGAGUUGGGGGAUGACCUGAAAGCCGUCUUUUACGAGGAGAAACAGGGCCAUCGAAUGCCUGUUGAGCAUCAGAUGCCGCUGUUGCUGAUUCCGCUGACGGUUCAAUCUGCCUUCAUAUCCAUUUCUCCCGGUCAUAUCGCUAUCUGUACUGAGUGCCUUCAUGGCCCGCCCAGGUUCGAGAACAGAGAGAUGGCAACGCCUGCCCCCACCAUCAUUCACCGGAGACACCAUCAGCCGCUGUGGACAGCGUGGGCUAGACCUCCACGACUCCAGUCCUACAACAAGAAUCACGACUGUCUUUAUCUCGCGCGGGAGGAUGGCGUGGUCCUCUUCAUAGACGCGGACCAGGACGGCGAACUAGCCAGCAUCCAUAUCAUUGACCCGUUCCCUUGCAACAUCUCCGCUGCUUUUGCCUGCCUCCCUGAUUCCACUACCGAUGUCCUUGUUAUCGGCAGCGACUCCGGCCCCGGAGGAUACUGGAAGAUCCCUCCUAGACAAGCUGCUGUACUCCUUGGGACAUUGCCAAACUGGGCACCAGUUGUCGAUCUGACAACCACCGACGUGGGUUCCGGGUCGCCCGAGGAAGCUCACAAUGACACGGCCUUAAUUCCGUGGCAGCAGGCCAAACCUCGGAAGCCGGACCGCAUCUUUGCCACCUGCGAGGGCGGGAACAAGGGCUCCAUCACAGAACUCAGAUACGGGCUGAAAGCGAAUAUCGGUCUAGACCUCGAAUAUGGGGCAGGUAUGAGACAGGCCUGGUUUCUGCGCUUCUACGACCCGAGCUCGUUCGACGGGUACCUGCUGCUGCUUGCAAUGCCCGACUCCACUGCAGCCCUCCUAUUACCGAGCGACUUCUCCAGCGCUACAGCAGUAGCGGCCGGAAUGAUACCGUAUGACCUGUCAUCGACCACGCUGUCCUUGGUGGUUUCCGGGCCCCUAACCACACAGACUACACGUCACAACAUAGUACUGGUGAAUCAACAUCGGAGCGUCUUGCUUCCAUGGCAUUCUCUGCCGGGGCUUUCGGAAGCUUUCGUGUCGGACGCUUGCGUCUACGAUGACUGCGUUGCGGUCUCAGCACAUACAGACGCGCAAUUUCAAAUCCAUGUGUUCAAAAUUGAUCCGGAUUGCCUCACGCUGGCGCACUUCCAUACACUGAACAUCGAUGGGGAGGUGACUUGCCUGUCCCUCGGCGCCCAGUACACCAUCCUUGCUGGCAUCCGGAAAGGGACCCAAACCCUCCUGGCAUACGCUUCAUUAAAGCAGCCCGUGGCCGGUAUUGAAUUAGUCCAUCUGACCCAUUUCGGGAUUUCCGGCCCUCAGACUCCCUCUUUGUUGGAAGGUAUCGAGAGCAUCGUGUCCGCCCGGGAUACCAUCAUCCUCGGUACCCGAAGCGGAGAAGUAGUAACGGUGGAAAACAUCUCCGGCCUUGGCUCUGUCAACUGCAUAAAGUUCGGCACGUCGGCGGCGAUUGUCAGCUGUGGGUAUCGGGCUGGUGCAACAGAACCUACAAUUCUCGUCUGUUGCGACAACGACCUUGUGUCUUUCCCUCUCGUUAAACAUGGGAGUCACAGUGGUGAUGGCGUCUCGCUGAAAACGAAACUUCGGGUUUGGCCCGUGGAUGCUAGCAAACCGGAGGCCGUUCCGCCGCCUAUACACAUGGCCAAAGUCGUGGAUAUGCCGUCCGACGAUGGCAUUGCGCCAAUCCUGAUGAUAUCCGGCUCAAGGCUCUUGCUCGCCGACAUGUAUGAGGAGCCGGGACCGGUGCACCGAAGCAUUCCCGUCGAGGGCGCCCCCAACAGGGUGAUAUACUGCCAGUUUACGCAGUGCCUUGUAGUGGCCGUGAACCGGUAUGAUGGGCCGAAUCUGGUUUUGAUCAACCCUGACACCGGGGAAGACGUUGGCAAACCGACCGACAAGAAUAAGGUGCCCCAACCCUGCAUCGCAGGCUUGGGAAAGGAAGGAGACCGGAUCUUUGGUCUAGCAGAGUGGAACUACAAGAGGGAUGGCAACGUUUGGAACUUCAUACUCGUCACCACCAAGAGCGGCCGCCUCAUCGUCGUCACCACCGAGAAACUAGCCUCUCGCGACGGCGGCCAAACAACAUUCCGCUACUGGACGCGGUUUCGAAAGGAGGUCGCCGACCCGAUCUACUCGGUCAUCGGCUACGACGAGGGCCUGAUCUACUGCGCCGGUCAGACAAUCCACUGGGAGGUGCUCGACACGCAAGAGAAGCGCCUCAAGCCGCUCAAGUCGUUCGCCCUCGGCUCCCCCGCCACGAGCCUGCGCAUCUCCAACGACAAGCUCGUGGCCCUGACACACAGCGAGUCGCUCGUCGUGCUCGACAACCUCGACACGGACGAGGCAAACACCCGCCUCUGUCACGUCGACCCCUGGCGCCGCAACGGCUUUGACUCGAUCGAGAUCGCCCUCCCGGACCUGACGCCCAAGUUAAGAUCCGGCAUCAACCUCGUCGCCGAUAGGGAAUGCGGCGUGGCAGGGCUCUGGAUCCCCUGGGACACGCCCGACAGGGAGUGCGAGGUGGUGUUUGAGGCGGAGCUAUCCUCGUCGAUCCGCAGGUUCCGCCGCGCCAGGACGCGCCCCGUCUGGGAGCAGCAGCAUCAUCGCCCGCCUAGGUAUGGCCGGCUGCCUGCCACAGCGGACGACGCCGAGAUACUGGGCGUGUCGCUGAAUGGCGCCUUGUAUGGGUUUACGCUGCUCUCCGUCGAGGCCUGGCGGCUGUUAAGGUUCUUGCAGAAUCUGGCAGGACAGAGUGCCGAGCUGUGCCCGUUUGCCACGAGCUUGUCGCGGCAGAGGGCCCAGCUGCACGGUCAACCAAGUCAGCAGCAGCAGCAGCAGCUGGGCGAAGAUGGGGAUCCGGAACCGAAGUUGGCGUAUGGGCUAGAGAUGCAGGUGGAUGGGGAUGUGCUGAGGCGGUGUCUGGAGAGGAGGGCGCUGGAGAGGUUGGUGUGGAAGCAGGGGCAUGUGAAGAGGCUUAUGGAGUUUCUGGCGGACCUCGAUGGGGGGCUACAUACGGCUGGCCUGGCGGAGGGGGAUCAUAAGGGGUAUUUCCAACUGGCUUAUCAGGUGCUAGAGUAUUAUUUGUCGCCGGCGCUGUGA